AUGUCAGAGGAAUCGGAGCUGGUGGAGGUGGAAUCAGAUGGAGCUGGUGGAGGUAGAAUCAGAGCUGGUGGAGGUGGAAUCGGAGCUGGUGGAGCUGGAAUCGGAGCUGCUGGAUAUGGACUAGAUGCUUAA